AAAAGAAAUGUCAUGAUUAGACUCCUCCACCAUCUCCACCUUCUCCUGCUGCUUUUGUUGUCUUAUAACUUUCUUUCUCUCUCGCGAUCAUCUUUGCAAAUCACAACCCCAACUUCAACGCCUACUCGUCCUCUCCAUCACCGUUCACCGUUGUAUUCGAUUGACCCUUUCUGACUUGGAGGCCUCUUCGGUACUCCCGCAUUAUGAAGCUCUCGGCGUUGCAGCAGAACUAUCUCAACCGCCGGGCCAACAGCUUCCGAGGAUCGUCCCAGUUGGAUUCCUCCGGCGACGGCCCGAUAAAAUCUCCGGCUGCCAUUUUCUGGCUCGUCCUUCAUGGCAUCUGUUGUCUCAUUAGUCUGGUUCUUGGUUUCCGAUUCUCUCGCCUUGUCUUCUUCUUUCUCGUCUCCACUUCGUCUACCAACCUCCACAUGGUUCCGUUCCGCACGGCCACUCAAUUCACUGGAUCCCUCGAUCUUCAAUCUGCUCUAACUUCCAAUCCCUUCACCAACGUUGAAAAUCCUGCUAAUAGAACCAACAUUGCUGGCUCCACCAGCAGGGUCAUCGUUGGGCGGCAUGGAAUCCGAAUCCGACCUUGGCCGCAUCCAGAUCCCGUGGAGGUGAUGAAGGCUCACCAGAUAAUUAACAGAGUUCAAAGGGAGCAGAGGCUCCAGUUUGGAGUGAAGAACCCUAAGACUGUGAUUGCGGUCACCCCAACUUAUGUACGGACGUUUCAGGCUCUUCAUUUGACCGGGGUGAUGCACUCGCUAAUGCUGGUGCCGUACGACCUGGUGUGGAUUGUGGUGGAGGCCGGAGGGGUCACCAAUGAGACCUCUUCAAUUAUUGCCAAGUCCGGGCUCAGAACCAUCCACGUUGGGUUCAAUAAUCAGCGGAUGCCAAGUUCAUGGGACGGAAGGCAUAAAUUGGAGGCCCGGAUGCGGCUUCAUGCUUUGAGAAUUGUGAGAAAAGAGAAGUUGGAUGGAGUUGUGAUGUUUGCGGAUGACAGUAAUAUGCAUAGUAUGGAGCUAUUUGAUGAAAUCCAAAGUGUGAAAUGGAUCGGUGCUCUUUCAGUUGGAAUACUUGUUCAUUCUGUCAGCACAGAUGAAUCUACAUCCCUCCCUCAAAGAAAGGAUGGAGAAGAAACCUCCCCAAUACCCGUGCAAGGUCCUGCUUGUAAUUCUAGCAAUAAAUUGGUUGGGUGGCACACCUUCAAUUCAUUGCCAUAUGCUGGGAAAAGUGCUGUUUACAUUGAUGACCGAGCACCUGUGCUCCCCCAAAAACUCGAAUGGUCUGGGUUUGUGUUGAAUUCCAGGUUGCUCUGGAAGGAUGCCGAUGAUAAACCAGAGUGGAUUAGGAAUCUUGAUGCAUUAGAUGGAGUUGAUGAGGACAUUGAGAGUCCACUGUCUUUGCUCAAGGACACCUCUGUGGUGGAACCACUUGGCAACUGUGGACGCCAAGUUUUGCUUUGGUGGCUGCGCGCUGAAGCUCGGACAGACAGCAAAUUCCCUCCCAGAUGGAUAAUCGACCCUCCUUUAGACAUCACUGUUCCAUCGAAACGGACUCCAUGGCCAGAUGCUCCUCCUGAGCUGCCAUCAAAUGAAAAGGUGUCAAUUAGCACUCAAGAGCGGCCAACCAAGCAUUCUACAAAAUCUCGAUCAUCCAGAUCCAGGCGCAGUCGAAAGAGAAAGAGUGAAACCACAGUGAUCGGUUCACAAGUCUCUACACAGUCUGAACAGAACUAAGAUGGUAAUAAGAGCAUCUGAGAAUUUCACUGCCUUGUGGAUACAAGACUGCUGUCUGCUGGCGAUCGGCAACUAUUGUAUGGAUUUGACCAAAUGGAGAAGCUGGCCACAUUUCUAUUGUUUGCAUUUUGUUUCUAUUCUCUUUAAAAAGGAAAUAUCCAUUCGAAGGUUUUUAAGUUGGUAGAUAUAAUCAGUCACAAUUUUUAGAAUCAAAACCUAGCGAACAGGGUGCCAAAUUGGUGUACGACCUUAAGCUGGGGGUGUUAAACAGAUAUACUUGUCCAGGAAAUUGAUAAACUACAUGCCCUGUUUGGAUCAUGGCAUUCGAGUAUAUAGCAUGGGAAUGUGAGAGCUUAUUCCACAUAUGGUGUUUGAUUAGCAGCAAUUCUUUUUUGAUUCAAUUUUUCCUAGUGAUUCAUUCUUUCCAAUUGAGGAAUUCGGAUUCCAUCAGAUUUUUAAUGGAAAUGCCUACUGAUCUUGAAA